UGUUUACAAAAAAAGCAGUCACGAUCUUGGAUCCAAAAUCCUCACAAUUUUUUUGGGGUGCGUACACCCAACCACAAACACAUAGUAACAAGAUGGCGAAGAUUUUUAAACCAGGAAAGGUUGCCGUAGUCACUCGUGGUCGUUUUGCCGGUAAGAAGGUCGUCAUUCUUCAAAACCUCGACCAAGGCACCAAGAGCCACCCUUUCAGUCAUGCUAUUGUUGCUGGUGUUGAGCGUUAUCCUUUGAAGGUCACCAAGUCUAUGGGUGCCAAGCGUAUUGCCAAGCGAUCUCGCGUGAAGACUUUCAUCCGGGUUGUUAACUACAACCACUUGAUGCCUACUCGUUACGCCCUUGAGCUUGAUAACCUUAAGGGACUUGUUUCUGCUGAGACCUUCAAGGAGCCUUCCCAACGCUCUGCCGCCAAGAAGGUUGUCAAGAAGACUUUUGAAGAGAAGUACCAAACCGGCAAGUCUGCCUGGUUCUUCACUCCUCUGCGCUUCUAAAAACGUUAGCAAAAGUUUCUUUUUGUUAAUUUUGCAUUAGGCCUUAGGUUUAAAACUUGUUGCUAUGAAUACAAUCUCUUUUAGAGGCAAUUCUUGUUACUCGUGGACUUGUGAAAUUUUUGAGUGUUAAAUUUAGAUUUCUUUUUUCUUAUAUAAUUUUUAAAGCAAGUCCCUUUUAGUGAUGAGAAUAGAGGGUCUGGGCUUUAUUAUUUGUUUAAAUAUUCAACUGGAAACUUUCGACGCGUAGUUCUCAGUCGAUAAUGCAGUUCUUCUAUAGUUUAGAUGGCUGUACAUGCU